AAGGUCAUGGUGUGGACGGUGUCUUUCGCGUCUGUGGCAUGUAUGGGCGCCUAUUACGGUGCCGGCCUCAAAAUAAAGCAGGAAUACAAGGCUGAAAUGCAAAAAGCCAAAGAAGAAAGUGGCUUCGACGAGAAGCGUGCUCUCCUCGAGCUUCGGCGCACAGCCCUACUGAGACAGAAGACGGAGAUCGACGGGAAGCUGGCCGACUUGCGCGGCCGCAUGCAGGCCACGGCU